CCGGGCGCGCUGCCGGCAGCAUGGCGGGGGAGGCGGGCGGCGCCGCGCUGGGCCGCGCGGCCGACAGGCUCUUCUCGCUGAGCGGGCUCUUCGCUGUCCGCAAGCCCAAGGGACCCACCUCGGCCGCCGUGCUCAACCUGCUCAAGGAGAGGCUGCUGGCAGAAGCUGGUGUGCAAACAAACGGGAACAAAAGAAAUCAGGUUUUGAAAAUUGGACAUGGAGGAACUUUGGACAGUGCAGCCACAGGAGUUCUGGUGGUUGGUAUUGGAAAAGGAACAAAAAUGCUGGGAACUAUGUUGACAGGUUCCAAGAAAUACACUGCCAUUGGAAUGCUGGGCAAGGCUACUGAUACAUUAGAUGCUACAGGAAAAGUAACUGAAGAAAAACCUUAUGACCAGGUAACAAAAAAAGAUCUUGAAAAUGUGCUGCAAAAGUUCACAGGGGACAUCAUGCAAGUUCCUCCACUCUAUUCUGCUUUGAAGAAGGGUGGAGAAAGGCUUUCAACUCUGAUGAAGAGAGGGGAAGCAGUGGAAGCAAAGCCAGCUCGGCCAGUAAGAGUGUACAGCCUUUCUCUCCAGCAGUUCCAGCCACCACUGUUCACGCUGGGUAAAGAUGUUGAAUGUGGUGGUGGCUUUUAUGUCAGGAGCCUGGUCAAUGACAUUGGCAAAGAGCUCUCUACCUGUGCCACAGUGCAGGAGCUGACCCGCACCAAGCAGGGGCCGUUCACGCUGGAGGAGCACGCCCUGCACGAAGACAAAUGGACAAUUGAUGAAAUUGCCCGGUCCUUGGAGCACUGCACAGCCCUGCUCCUGGGAGGGCCAUCUCGGAAAAAAUUGAAGACAGAGCAUCCUGGUGAAACUGCUGUAAUCUGUGAGGAUAAGUGAUAAGUUGGGUCAAGGAAAAAGACUGAAUGAUUGAGACGUUUGAAGAUUGGGUUGGGAUUGUCUCGCCUCCUGUGUAAAUCUACAAGUCUGUACUGGGAAGGUGACAAGUUGCAGCGCAAGAGAAAUCGUUCUUUUGUUUUCUGGGCUUAGAAUGUGCACUGAAAAUAUCCAGUGGUAGCUGUGUUCCUGAUUGUUUAUUGUCCUUUUUGCACACUGCAACUGAUGCCAAAUUUUUAUAAACUUUUAAAGAACUUUCAGGGUGCAGGAUGGCUGCUGUUGUGAAUUCAUCAAUUAAAAAGAUUAUAUACAAUAACGUCUGAUGAAUGUGCUCCAAAAAAAUUUUCCUUUUCUUUGCAGCUGGUAAUCAAACCCUGAAAUACCACAGUGACAAGUCUGUUGUGGCGUGAAAGACGGAAGAAUGUGGUGUAGCAAUUUGAAAUCCAUUUCAGGAUAUAUCCAUUUUACUGUAGUUUUUCCUAUGUGGAUUGUUCUUCCAGUCAAAUGUUCCUAGAAUGCGGUAUAUGCAGGUGCUUAUAUUUUAAGUUAAGUCUGAAAUACCAGCCUAAGAGAACAGUUCUAAGUAUAAACAGUCCCUGAAGAUGACUGGUUUGUGUCUGCACCUUACAGAAAGGUGUUACGUGAAGUGGUGGUUCCAAACUUACUUUCAGUCUAAGAAAUUAAAUAAAUAUCCUGAAGUUCCUCAUUGCAGGAUACCUUUCCGGACAUCUAUAGGACUUAUUUUUGUUUUCUGUACAAUAAGCAACUGAAGUCUAUGCAAGAUGAAUGAAGGUUUUGUUUAGAGGGAGGAUAGACUUUGUUUUAUUGUUCAGUAAACAGUUUUCUUCCUUUGUAUAUUCUUAUAAAGAACUUAAAAUGUUGAAAAUAGCACAAGCAAAUUGAAAUGUUAAAACACUACAGCAGCAGCAUCAUAUUUUAAAGUACAAUAUGGAUGAAGUAAUGGAUACAAGAAAUUUUGAUUUCAGGGAUGGGAGAAAAGCUUUUGUCAGUGAGGUAACAGUGGGAGAUUUUUGUUUCUUUUUGGGGUAGGUUUUCUGGUACUUCGGGUAGAAACGGAGAAGGAAGAGAUUAUUUCCUAAAGAAAUCAAAUAAAGCAGAAAAUUUCUUUUUCCAGUAUACUUACCUUGAAUGAUCAAAGACUUUAUUUGAAACACAGUUCUCUUAUUGUCCGAAUCUGUAUUUUCCCAAGAACCUAAUUUAUGUUAUCCCAGUGGUUUUCUAGAUUAAGUUCUCAUUUUAUUUAUCUUCCUGAUUUUUUAAAAAUAGCACAUGAGAUAUAAUUCUGUUAGUCUGCUUCGUUAAACUUCAGGGAUUUGUUUCUUUAAAAAUCAGUGCAAUUGAGAAAUCUCUCUAUUAAUAGGGUACAUUUGGAUACAGUGUUGUAAGUGUCUAACACAUUCUUAAUCUCAUCUGUUUGUUUAAUGCUCACCAAGCCUUUCCUGCUAUUCCAUUUAAGAGCCCCUGAUAUUUUUAAUUUCAAAAGGAGAAUUCUAUUUUCAUCAGCUUUUUGGUUAGCUUGCAACUGGUCUGUUGUAAUUAUUGCUAACAGAUCUGUGAUCGUGAGAAGACGGGAUCUGUUCCAUAGUCUAGUCACUGGAGAGGAAUGAAAUGGCAAUUAAAAAACAGCAUCUUGUGGACAUCAACAAGUUCUGGUUUAGGCUGCAAGUCCUUAUGCAUAUGGAAAGCAUAGGGAGAGAUGGAAUGCAGUUGUUCAUGAUCAGGAAUCUGCACAGAACCAUUCAGAUUGGAAAAGAGCUUUAAGACCAUUAGGCCUGACCAUUACCCCAGCAGUGCCAAGUCCACCCCUUCACCAGCUUUAGCUAGGGCUUUUUUCCUGGAAUUCCUCUCACCUUCCCCAGUGCAUCAGAAAUGAAGGUAGAAUUUCUUUAUCUCAAAUUAAUGACAAACUUCUCCUGUAGUUCUCUUGUAUUGAACUACAGAAGGUAUUUCCCAUAGCACUGGGUAGCAGGUGUGUUUGGCUGGAGCUGUGAGUGGCUGGACAAACCCAUGGCAGGCAGCAGGAAGUGUUCUUGGAAAACACAGUGUGAAGAGUGCAAUAAAGCCAUGAAUAGUUUAUGCAGUAAGCACUGAUGAGUGUCACCCCCGUUCCAUUCCUAAAUACUCGAGCUAUCUUCUCAAACAUUCCAACUCCUCUGGCUACUUCCCAGUGAUUUUCCUGUGUGCUGGACCUCACUUGUGUGCUUUCUUCUAAGUUCCCCCAUGCUUUAAUGGCUCUCUGAGCCUGUAGUUCCAGUGAAUAGUAACGGGGAAGGCACUGAAAACUUCAGGAAUAACUCACUUAGAUAUGUUUUAAUAAGUGUUUAACCCAUUAUCUUGAAACUAUGCAGAUUUGGAGGUAAGUGUUGUGUUCCCAUGGGAACCUAGGGAAAUACUCAUUCUAACUUCCUUAUUCUUACUAGCAUGCUCAUCCCAGAGAUGCCAGACUUCAGAAUUGGGCUAUAUCCACAGCAUAAUGUGUUUUUGUUAGAAGAAAAUAUCUUGGUUACUGACAGUCACGAUAUCUCAACAUUCAAGAGGAAAAGUGUGCAUACAAUAUUUAUGAGACUACUUAGAAGAGUUAGUACUGAGAUCUCAGCUGAAGCAAAUGGUAUUUAAUAGGAAUUUUAUGGUACUCUGGCCAGAAAAUGUGCGUGUCUCUGAUUUACCAUUUAAAAUAUAUCCGUGACACAGAUCAAAAGAUUUGUCUCAUUUUAAUGAGCAUUGUUCAUGGUGAAAGUCCUGAUGCAAAAGCGUGUCCUGCUUCUUGAGCUGAGUAUUGUCUGUCCUCAAUGUGGUCUUGCUGUCUUUAGUCCAUGGAAGUGUGGUACCAUAGCCUGCCUGAGUGCUCCAAUGCUGCUGCUGCUUCAGUGAGUUUGACAAGGGCUGCAGAAUUUGUCUCCCUUUAAUGUCUCUGCCUGCCUGCCUGUCUGUCUUUCUUCCUUAUUUAAAUGGUAGUUUUCACUUCAUAAUAUACUUCUGCUGCCAGCAGAAUAAAACUGGGAGCAACUCCCCCAAUUUUGGGAUAUCUUAUUUUUUUAUUUUAAUAGAUGGUGAAUUUGCUGCUCUGGGCAUGAAUGGCUCUCUGACUCUAAUGAGUAGGGUCAUGCUGUUUGCUUGGCAGAGUCAAGGAGUGAGUUUGCAAUGGUGUUAAUUUUAUUAAAAAGGCCUUUUUAAUAAAAUUUUAAGAAGCAAAGUGAGAGCAUGUGUGUGUGAGGGUGUAACUGCAAUAUACAGCCAGAGGGAAAUCACAGAGACACUGAAUGGAUUCAGCCAGCCUGGGCAAAAUUAUUGUCUCUAUUAAAAAGCAGUCAUUGUUUCUAAUAGCCAUGGUUGAAUUCUCUUCUUUGUGAGACCUGAUUAAGUAAAUCACCAAUAAUUAAAGGCAUGUGAGGCAAGCAGGUUUAUUAUGUGAAUGCUUAUGUCUGCUUGGGGUGAGGAGAUGCUGCAUCUCUUACUGUCUGCCAUCAGCUGCUAAGAUCAUAUAGGUGUAAACAGGCAAAGCAAGAAGUUGGUAAUUGGGAGUGGGUGGCUGUUGUGCUCAAGAAGAAAAGGACUAUAUUGCAAGAAAAAAUCCCGUAUUUUUUUCCAGUUCUCUUUUUGGGGAAGUGUUGGAGACAAUGCCAUGGUUCACAGAAAGUCUUAGCAUGGCUGUCUGAGAAGCACCUUAUGUUUUUGUUAUGGGUGUGAAUGUCUGGGGCUUUAGUCCUUGUCCCUCCUCACCUCUAGCUCAAAGAAGUGGGAUAAAUCAAAGCUGCAGCCUCUCCCCAACUUUUCUGUGUCACAUUGCUCCGUGUGUUGUGGAUGCUGGAGCAAUCCUGUGCUCAAACUGUGGGCUCUAAGGGGGAUUGUGUGGCUAGCCCCAGAAGUUAGCAGGAACAGAAUGAGGAGGACAAAAAAUGAGGCAAUAGAAAUUGAAAUAUAAACACAAAAUAGCUGCCUUCUUACCAGACAUACUCAUUUUAGGUUACAGCUCUCUGUCUGGCCUUUCCGCUCUGCAUCCCAUUCCCUUAUCUCCUGUCUGAGACAGUUCAUCCUAAGACUUUCCUUAUCCUGUCUUUUGAAUUCCUUUCUGGGUACAUGUGAGCCUUGGGGCAGUGUGGAGCAAAGAGGUUGUGUGGUUUCUGGGGGACAGGGAUGCUGUUAACAAAGCAGAACUGAAAAGGAUGAGGUCCCUUACCAUGACCCUUUCGUAAGAAAGAUGUGGUUCUGAAUGCUUUAGUGCCAUUUCCCUGGGACAUGGGAUUAUUUUAGAUAUUUCAGAAUUAAGUACUUCAAAGUCAAAUCUCUAGCAUGAGUAUGUGCAUUAGAAACAAAAUGCAUCAUUUCACAGAUGUCACACUACUUUUAGUGGCUUCAGAACAUGAUUUUACAGCUUAAAAGGAGGGGGGUAGAAAAGGAAUGGCAAAAGGUAAAUGCAUAUUUCAGUUCUUACAUUUUUAAAGUAGAUAAACUCAGUUUUAGUAAUUAUGUAAGAAAAGACAUCAAGUGUUUUAAUGGAGCAAAGAGAAGGAACACAAUUUUUACUGCCUUUCCUGUUUCUUUUAGCACAUAGAACAAUUAGCUUAAAUAUGCCAUUUCAAAGCUUAAGAAGCUUUUAUGUGGAAAUGCUUGAGAAAUUGUUACUGUGUGCUGAUGUGAAAAAAGGCAUUUAUUUUCAUUUCAGCAGUUGAAAAGAUAGUUUCCUGUGAUGCCCUUCAAAAGGCAGUGUUUUGUUUAUAUGGAAUUGCAGUAAAUCCUUAGCAUAACUUAGUGGUGUGUUCAUAAUAAAUCAUUUCCCACAGCUGGCUGUCCUAGGGAUCACAAAAUUGUUUCAAGUUCUGCAGGUACAUAGUAGGCAUUCCCAGUGGAAAUGGAACAUUGCAUACAAACACUAAAUGCAUUUAGAAAACAGGAGUAAUUCUCAGUGAUCUUUGCUAUGUGGAUUACUCUUUUGGUGAAAUAUGCAGGCGGCGUUAAACCUCGCUGCUGCUUUUCUGUGUGGUUUGUGUACAGUUUUUUACUCUAUAGUCUUAAUUUGACAAAGGGCACUGGCAGACUCUUGAUUUCUUGUCCAGGUGAUUAAUUUCACCCAGCAGCUGCAUACACAGAGACAUUCCUGGCUUUAACCUCUUCAUUUACCAGUUAUGAUUCCCAAGGAUGGCACAGUGCCAGCAAAAAGAAGCAUGUGUUCACCUCAUCUGUCCCAGUCAUAGGCUGGUGUGUGACGUGUUGCUGGUGCAAAUAAACCAGAAUGUUGGGAGAAGACCCUGUGUCUCAUUCUCUUGUCCUGAUAACCUCCAGCAAACGAUGGAGGGAGCAACAGGGGACAACAAUUUUCCAGUAAUCCCCCCUCUAAGUAAGAAUCAGUGGGAAAUGGCAGUGAGGUCUGUGGGAACAGAGCUAACUUAAAGCAUGUGAUUAUUUAUGACCUCAGAGAGAGGACUCCUGUCCUGUUUUAUUACAUUAUGUAAGUUAUUACUCACUGAAUUAAGGUCCUGCGUGUUUCAUUUUCACCUAUCAUGUUUUUCUUUUUUUUUUUUCCAUUUUAGUAAUGCGAACCGAUGGUUUGAAAAAUUGUAUUGCUUCUUACAGGAGAAAAAAGAGACUAAAACAAGUAUUAAUGGUGUGGCACAACACUUAGAGUUGUUCCAUGUCUAAUGAAUAUGUAGCAGUUCUAUUUUCUACUUAAACACACAAAAGUUGUCAGAGUAGAAUUGGUUUUAUUUUUUAAAAAAAUGUGUUUAUCUAGGAAAUUAAUUUCUCUAGGGAGUGCUAUUAAAGGCUGCGCAGAGUGGAACAACC